AAUGUGAUCUUUCACUCGAACUUUGAUUUUUCUCAACCCAGUAAACGGCGCAAUGGCACUGACGCAAGUUUCUUCUAAUAAGUGCAGUGAUGGAUAUCAGAAAGUGUUCGAGCAUGACAGCUCUGAGUUAAAAUGUAAAAUGAAGUUCGCCAUUUACCUUCCUCCCAAGGCUGAGAGCUCCAAAUGCCCAGUGUUUUAUUGGCUUUCAGGUUUGACAUGCACAGAGCAAAACUUCAUCACUAAAGCAGGGAGCCAGCAGGCGGCUUCUGAACAUGGGAUCAUCAUCGUAGCUCCAGACACCAGUCCACGUGGCUGCAACAUUGAAGGAGAGGAAGAGAGCUGGGACUUUGGGACAGGUGCAGGAUUCUACGUCAAUGCCACCCAGGAGCCCUGGAAAACCAACUACCGCAUGUACUCGUAUGUCACCGAGGAGCUCCCACGACUGAUUAAUUCUAACUUCCCUGCUGAUCCGGAGAAAAUGUCCAUCUCUGGUCACUCCAUGGGGGGCCAUGGAGCUCUCAUUUGUGCACUUAAGAAUCCUGGGAAAUACAAGUCAGUGUCAGCAUUUGCACCCAUCUGUAACCCCAUACAAUGUGCAUGGGGACAGAAAGCUUUCUCUGGCUAUCUUGGAUCUGACAAGUCCACCUGGGAGCUGUAUGACGCUACAGUAUUGGCUGAAUCAUAUUCCGGUCCUGAGCUUGAUAUUCUGAUUGAUCAAGGCCGUGAUGACCAGUUCUUGUCUUCCAGUCAGCUGCUUCCUGACAAUCUGAUCGCUGCCUGUUCCAAGAAGAAAAUUCCCGUAGUUUUCCGCCUUCAGCAGGGUUAUGAUCACAGUUACUAUUUCAUCUUCUCCUUCAUCAACGACCACAUCAAGCAUCAUGCCAAAUAUCUGAAUGCCUGAAGCUAUGCAACAUGAUUAUGGCAACCAGCUCUCGUGCCUUCCAGAUGAUUACAAAACC